GCAAUACAUAUCAGAGAACAUUGCAGUUCAGACACGUUGUAGUCCAACGUAACAUUUUACUAAAAUGUGGUUAAAAUCGGUGUACGUGGUAACCUUACUUUUCUAUCAUGUGGAGUCUGCAAGUAUCCUAGCAUUAUUUUGUUCUUUAUCAUUUACGGAUCAUUUCGUGUACCGAGGUUACAUCUCGUUACUUGCACAGAAUGGACAUUCUAUCGUAGUUAUGACUCCGUACCCGGGCCACUUCCAAUAUCCAGAAGUCGAGAAGAUAGUCGAAUUAAACGUCGGACCAGAAUCGGCACCGUUGUGGGAGGAAUACAAAAUGUUAAUGACCAAUACCGAUGACUAUUAUCCACGUUUGAAAGCUUUGAAUGAGCUGUCGAUAAAAGUAGCGAUAGCACAACUCAUGUCCAAACAGAUGACGUCCCUAUUUAUGAACCCCAACGUGAAAUUUGAUUUAGUAAUCACAGAAGCAGAUAUGCCAAUAUUGUACGCAGUAGCAGAUAAGUAUAAAGCACCACAUAUAUCGAUCACAACUGGCAGUGGUAAACUUCAUCAGUACGAAGCUAAAGGCAAUCCGAUACACCCGAUUUUGUAUCCAGAUGUUAAUACGAUUUAUAAUAGAAAUAUUACCAGCUGGCAAAAAUUAGUUGAACUGAACCGUCAAUAUCAUACGAAGAAUGAAUACUUCUAUAACUUCCUACCGUUAUGUGAAGUUGCUGCUAAGAAAAUCCUUGGAUUGGAAAGAAGUCUUCUUGACGUGGAAUACGACAUUGAUCUCCUGUUCAUAGCUGGGAAUCCUGUAUUAUUGGGCAACCGUCCGACUGCACCAGCGACUGUUUAUACGGAUCGAUUGCACAUCAAACCAGGAUUGCCAUUACUACCGGACCUAAAAGCUGUUUUAGAUUCGGCUAAAAAUGGCGUUAUAUACUUCAGUUUAGGAACAUUGCACGAACCAGAACAAUUAGAGCCUAAAAUCCUAGAAGUUCUGGCGGAUACGUUUAGAGAACUCCCAUAUUUGGUGCUGUGGAAAUUGGGGAAUAGGACUAUUAUAAAUAAACCCGAUAAUGUGAUUGCACAAAUGUGGUUUCCUCAACAAGAAAUACUGGCGCAUCCCAAUAUAAAAGCGUUCAUAACCCACGGCGGACUACGUUCUUUGGAAGAGGCAGUAUUCUACGAAGUUCCCAUUGUUGGUUUUCCGAUAUUAAAGACAUCAAAAGUAUUUAUAAACGAAAUUACUCGACAUGGCGCUGGGGAAAUAUUAGAUCCAUAUUAUUUAGAAAAGGAAGCAUUCAAAUCAAUGAUAACGACCGUUGCUCAGAAUGAUAUGUACAAAAAAGCUAUGGCAAAGUUGAAGAGCGUGGCUUAUGAUCCAUUAUUAUCAGGUCCCGAAGCUGCUGUAAUGUGGACAGAAUACGUGAUUCGAAAUGGAGGUGCUCGGUUGCUUCGAGCUCCCGCGGCUGAAAUAUCCUUCUUCAAAUAUUAUAUGCUAGAUAUUGUCAGUCUCUUCUUAACUAUUAUUUGUAUAGGAAUUUGGGUAGCGUACAAAAGUCUUUGUUAUGGCAUGAGACUACUGCGCUUGCGAAUUCUUCGGAAACCUAUUGCAGGAGGAAAAUAUAAAGCUCUGUGAAUUGGUCAUUACUUUUCGUGCUGUUAGAAGUUUAGUCCUUUUAUUAUGU